CACAUCCCUUGCUCUGUAAGGGGCUCAGCCCAUUUUCCAGCUGUACAAAGCUGACACCCCUUGUCAAUGCCGGAGCAGGGCUGCCUGCCGCAGCUGUCGUGGCCGUCCCAGCCGCCUGGGGGGCCUGGGCCUGGCGUGCUGCGGGGGGCGGGCGCGCUGCUGUGGAGCACUUUGCGGGCUACCUUCUUGUACGCCGUCUGGUGUGCGUACUGGUCCCGCGAGCCUGCUAAGCAGACGUCGGAGCAUAUGGUUCGGGAGGUGGUCAGCGAGCGAGAAAAAAAAAAGCUGCGCAGGGUGAUGCAGCUGUGUUUCACUGCCGCCACGCUAACCCCUGAAACCCUGUCGGCUCUGCCCACUCAGCUUCUCACCGCGCAGCUCAAGGCGGCUAAGCUGGAGCACUUUGUUGCCAUCUGGACGGCGGGUGGCGCGCUUUGUGAAGUGGAGGAGGUUCAGGCUCUGGCUGGCGUCGCAGCGCCUGGGUGGCUGUGGGCCUUCCUGCACAACAAGUCUUGCAGCGGGCUGGAGCCCGCUUAGUCAGCGCCACAUCUGGCCCGUUUAGUUUUCUGCUUGUGUCUCCUCUGCCGGUUCUCCUGGGGUGUUGCUUAAGCAACCGACUUGUGGGGGUGGGGUGGGUUUGGGCGGGGCGAGUGCGUAGCGCAGUGUUUUCUUUUCUGGCGCGUGGUGGUGGUGGUUCUUAUCUGGUUUGGUUUGGUUAACACCACUCUCGUUAGAGGGUUAAAGGUCCUGGGUUCGAUUCCCGGGGAAACCCCCGGAUUUCCGGGCAAUGAAACGCCAGUCUGAAUGAAGUUUGGACUUUGGUUGACUUAGUCGGAUUUCCUCUGUGGCUGUACGCCUUUGUCGGCAAGUAGUUCGGGUGAAUGGAUGAGGCGGUGUGGCUAGUAGGCAGUCUCUAUCUGGUGAUGAUCCCCUUGGAUCGGUUUCUGCCAGGUUCUUUGAGAUCCAGCUUGGCUGGUCACAUUGUAACAAUAACUUUUU